AUGCUGAGCAUCCUGCCUGCAGGUGCACGGACGCCAUCACUUGCUUGCAGUUCUGCAUCUGAACCCGGAGAUUUCUUACACAGGUUUCACCGUUUUCUUGAUGUGAACAGUCACAAAGUAGAGAGGACAAUAGAAGGAAUACAUGAAAAAUUGGUAGUUCAUUCUGACCUUGGAAAAGCUGCAAGCUGGAAAAGACUAACAGAAAAAUUUCUGAAUUUGCCCCUCCCAAGUACUGAAGAAACGAAGACAGAUACACACUAUUCCAUACUGUCUCUUCUGUUGUGUUUGUCUGAUUCUCCAUCCAACACCACCUAUGUGGAAAAACCAAGAGAAAAAGAAGUGGAUUCCUUUUUGAAUGAUCUCUGCACAUUCCCUCGGCGGUGUUUUGAAUGCACUUUCAGCCCAUUCCAGGAAUGUGAAUAUGAAGAGGUUAUCUCAAACAGCACUAAUUACAAAAAGGAAGAAGAAUUUGAUUGGGGAAAGUAUUUGAUGGAAGGAGAAGAAAUUUACUUUGGCCCAGGUGUAGAUACACCAGAUUGGUCUGGAGAAAGUGAAGAGGAGGAAGACACUCAGCCUUUAAGCAGGGAGGACUCGGGUAUUCAAGUGGACAGGACACCUUUAGAAGACCAAGAUCCCAAUAAGAAAACAGUACCUAAUGUUUCCUGGAAAGUUGGUGAACCUGAUGUUCGCAGCUGGCUGGAGCAGCAUGUAGUUCCUCAGUACUGGACAGGAAGAGCCCCUCGCUUUUCACAUAGUUUGCACUUGCAUUCCAACCUAGCUGCAGUCUGGGACCACCACUUGUACACCAGUGAUCCUUUAUAUGUGCCAGAAGAGAAAACCCUAGUCACUGAAACUCAGGUUAUACGGGAAACUCUUUGGUUACUUUCAGGAGUGAAAAAGCUUUUUAUAUUUCAGCUGAAUGAUGGAAAAGUGGCUGUGCGGAAUGAUAUUAUUGUAACACAUUUAACCCAUAAUUGCCUGAGAUCUGUAUUGGAGCAGAUAGCAGCAUAUGGGCAAGUUGUGUUUAGACUACAGAAGUUUAUUGAUGAAGUGAUGGGACACAGCCCUGAAAGCAUAAUGCAUGGAACAGUUUCCACUCCAAAGAAAACUACUGAAGCCCCGUUCAGAACCUACCAAGCUUUUAUGUGGGCCUUGUAUAAAUACUUCAUUAGCUUUAAAGAAGAACUUACUGAAAUUGAAAAAUGCAUAAUCAACAAAGAUAAAACAGUCACACUUUCAAUAGUAAUAGAUAAGUUGUCUCCCCGACUGGCACAGCUGAAGGUACUUCACAAAGUUUUCAGCACAGGAGUAGCAGAAGUGCCACCUGACACUAGAAAUGUUGUACGAGCAUCUCAUCUGCUUAAUACUCUCUACAAAGCUAUUCUUGAAUAUGACAGUGUUGGAGAAGCAUCUGAGCAAACGGUCUCCCUUUUGUUUUCUCUCUGGGUUGAAACUGUGAGGCCAUACUUACAGACAGUGGAUGAGUGGAUAGUCCAUGGAAAUUUGUUUGAUCCUGCAAAGGAAUUUAUCAUUCAGAGAAACAAAAAUGUUCCAGUUAACCACAGAGAUUUUUGGUAUGCUACCUACACGUUAUAUAGUGUGUCAGAGAAGACGGAGAAUGAGGAGAAGAUGAGUGAUAAUGCCAGUGCCAGUUCUGGCAGUGAUCAGGCCCCUUCAAGCAGGCAACACACUAUGGUCUCUUUUCUGAAACCGGUGCUAAAGCAAAUCAUCAUGGCUGGAAAAUCCAUGCAGCUGUUGAAGAAUCUCCAGUGCAAAGAUGGCUCUCCGCAGCUGGCUGCAUCAAGAGAUGCUGAACGAAAGAGCUUGUAUACGCUGUUCUUGGAAUCAGUGCAGUCUCGUCUGCGGCAUGGGGAAGAGUCUGUUCCAGAUAUUAUUACAGAACAGCAGGCCACAAAGCAGAGCCUGAUAAAGAUGCAGUCUAUAGCAGAAAGACACUUGGAACUGGAUGAUGUCCACGACCCACUGCUGGCUAUUAAUUUUGCCAGGUUGUAUUUGGAACAGAGUGACUUUCAUGAGAAGUUUACUGGUGGGGAUGUUUGUGUGGAUAGAUCUUCAGAAUCUGUGACCUGCCAGACUUUUGAACUGACAUUGAGGUCCUGCCUUUAUCCACACAUAGACAAGCAAUACUUGGAAUGCUGUGGUAAUCUAAUGCAAACUUUAAAGAAGGAUUAUAGGCUUGUAGAAUACUUGCAGGCAAUGAGAAACUUUUUCUUACUUGAAGCUGGAGAUACCAUGUAUGAUUUCUAUACAUCAAUUUUUGACAAAAUUAGAGAAAAGGAAACUUGGCAGAAUGUUGCUUUCUUAAAUGUUCAACUUCAAGAAGCAGUUGGGCAACGCUAUCCAGAGGACAGUUCCAGGUUGUCUAUAUCAUUUGAAAGUGUUGAUACAGCAAAGAAGAAACUCCCUGUCCACACCUUAGAUGGUUUGACAUUGAGCUACAAGGUUCCUUGGCCUGUGGAUAUAGUUAUAAGCUUAGAGUGCCAAAAAAUUUACAAUCAAGUUUUUCUGCUCUUGCUGCAAAUAAAAUGGGCCAAGUAUAGUCUAGAUGUUUUACGUUUUGAUGAACUAGUCUGUGCUGCAGAAAACCCACAGGUUAAGGAAGGAACUGUAUCAGAACAAGGAACACUUCCUCUAUUUGGACCACAACCAGAAAGCAUAAAACAACAAAUACAUCGCAUGUUCCUCUUAAGAGUGAAACUUAUGCAUUUUGUUAACAGCCUGCACAACUACAUCAUGACUAGGAUUCUUCAUAGUACAGGCUUGGAGUUUCAGCAUCAGGUAGAAGAAGCCAAAGAUUUAGAUCAGUUGAUAAAGAUUCAUUACAGAUAUCUAUCUACAAUCCAUGAUCGCUGCCUACUGAGGGAAAAGGUGAGCUUUGUGAAAGAAGCUAUAAUGAAAGUGUUAAAUUUAGUAUUGAUGUUUGCAGACCGUUGGCAGGCUGGUUUGGGGGCUUGGAAGAUGGAAUCCAUAGAGAAGAUGGAAUCUGAUUUUAAAAACUGUCACAUGUUUCUUGUAACUGUUCUCAACAAAGCUGUCUGUCGAGGCUCUUUUCCUCACUUGGAAUCUUUAGCUUUGUCACUGAUGGCUGGCAUGGAACAAAGUUAACACCUGAGUCCAUUGAAUUAAUAAAGAACUGAAAGCAGCACGUAUGUUGAAAUUCCCUAAGUUAAAAAACUGUAAGCAUUCUACACUCCAGUUUGAAAUGUGUGUAGCUAAGUGACGCUAAUGGUUUGGAGCUGUGUAAAAUACUUUAAAAUGUAAAUAAUGUACAGGUAUUUAAGUGUAUUGAUCAUGGCAGUAUUUUUUCCCUGUAUGUAUAUGCUUCAACAUCAAAGAACAUGUACAGUGUAAAAUUCAUCCCAUGUAAACAAUCUAACUUGAAAAUACAUAAAAUGUAUUUC